AUGGCAUCCACCACGGCCAUGACCAAGCCUUGGCUCGAGCAUGACGCCAUUCCCAUCCCCGCGCUGCGCUACUCGCCGCCAACGGAUGCAGAUGGCAAGCCCAUCUUUGCCCCCGUGGAGAGCAAGAAGCCCCCCACGGCAGAUUUUCUCCGUCCUCCCCGCGAUGACGACGGCAACCUUGUCACCCUCCCACUGCUCGCCGCUCUUCGCGCCCGCAAGGCUGCUCGCGCCGCUGCCUCCGCUGCUUCUCCCAAGAAGACCAAGACCAAGACCAUCGGCCCCAUGAAGAACGACGCGCGCCCCGUUUUCUUCCCCGGCUGCAUGCCCGGCUCCCAGCCCGGCCGCGUCCUCUGGCUGCAAGGCCUCGAUUACUUUGCCGCCUCCCGCGCCGAACUCAAGGCGGGAAAGAAGGGCAGGGGCGGCAGCGGUCGUAGUCGCCCGCCGAAGCACGUUCGCGAGCAGAAUGCACACAAAGAGGAGGUGCUAGCUGAGAAGCAGUGCAAGUUCAUCGAGAAAAGUUGUCCGGGGGUGAAGUAUGGGGAGGAUAAUGAGGGGAAGAGAAGGGAGAGGGAGGAAAAGGAGAGGAUGGGGAGGGAGGCUAUUGUCAAGAGAAUCAAGGAGCAGAUUGAGAAAGGGGUUCGGUAUUGA